AUGCUAAAGGACCUUCAACAUCUUCAAGGAGAACUUUCCAUUCUGCAGCUAGAAAAUAUUGUCAGUGCUAGAGAUGCUUUAGAGGCUAGUAUGAGGGAUAAAAAGCUCCUUGUCAAGUUAGACUUGGAAUGGGAUGGUCAUACUUAUGAUACUAAAUGUGAAAGAGAAAUACUUGACAAGUUGCAGCCUCAUAAAAACUUGAAAAUUCUAGCCAUCAAUUACUAUGGAGGAACAAGAUUUCCAGAUUGGUUAGGAGAUCAUUCAUUCUCUAACAUAGAAACUCUCCACCUUGGUAAUUGUAGAAGUUGCAUCUUCUUGCCACCACUUGGGCAGCUACCUUCUCUCAAAGGACUUACAGUAACAAACUUUGAAGCAGUAGUGACUGUGGGUUCUGAGUUCUAUGGGAGUAAGUUUUCUACGAGAAAGCCCUUUGGGGCACUUGAAAUUUUGAGGUUUGAAGAUAUGUUGGAGUGGCAGGAAUGGUUUUCUUUUGCAGAUGAAGAUGAAAGUAGACCUUUCUCCCAUCUGCGGGAGCUCUACAUGCAUAACUGCCCCAAGUUGUCGAGGGCUUUGCCGAAGCACCUCCCUUGUUUGGCAAAGCUGUCUAUAAUGAAAUGUAAGCAGCUGAUGGCUACAUUUCCAGGAGUUCGAGUCAUCCGAGAGCUUGAGUUAGGAAAUUGCAACAAAGUGCCCUUAAAAGAACUCCUACCCGGGUUGCUCAAGCUCACUGUACAUGGAGGCGCUCCCAAUUUGAAAUCUCUAUCAGAUUGUAUGUACAGUCAUCUUGAAGAGAUGAACAUUUCUCACUGUUCAACUCUUCACAAGGUUCCUGAAAGGCUGAAGGCACUCAAAAUUGAGAACUGUGGGAGACUUGAUUUCCCAAGUAUCCAUUGCUGCUACAUAUUUCUCGAAAGGUUGUCCAUAACUUGUAGCUGUGGUUCACUCAAGAUCUUUCCACUUGACUUAUUCCCGAAACUUAGCACUCUCUACAUUUGUCGAUGUAGUAGCUUGGAAUCGCUUUCAGCUUCAGAUGAAUGUCAACAGGAUCUCAUCUCCUUGUGUGCCUUGGAGCUCUGCAGGUGCAUUAAUUUUGUGUCAUUUCCCAAAGGAGGAUUGCGUGCCCCAAAUCCAACAUCAUUAUGGAUUUAUGGUUGUGAAAAAUUAGAGUUACUACCUGAAGAUAUGCACACCUUCCUCCCAUCUCUUCAAUCAUUGAAUCUAUUUAAUUGUCCAAAGCUCGAGUCAUUUCCAGAUGGGGGUUUGCCAUCCAAUCUGAAUUCACUUGUCAUCUCUAACUGUGAUAAACUCAUUGCUAAACGGCUGGAGUUGGGUUUGCAAAGACUACCCUCACUUAAGGACUUGACCAUCAUGGGACAAUGUGAAGAUGUGGUAUCCUUUCCUGAGGAAGGAUUGCUUCCAACCAGCCUUACUUCUCUUUCCAUAUCCGAAUUUUCAAGCUUGGAGUAUCUGAACAAUGAGCUUCAGCAUCUUACCUUACUUCAAGAAUUGGAGAUCUUUGGCUGCCUUAAGCUGAAGUGGUUUCCCGACGAAGGGCUGCCUGUGUCUCUCUCUUAUUUGCGCAUCAAGAGAUGUCCUUUGCUAAAACAAAGCUGUCAACAGGGCAGCGGUGAAGACUGGUCCAAGAUUUGUCAUAUUCCGGCAUCCAAAUUGACAACGAUGUCUCCAUAUCAUAAGCUGUGCUCGGAUUACUUCCUUUUCUGGUCGUAA